AUGGAGUUCGCAGAACUCAUCAAAACCCCGAAAUUGGAUGCAAUCCGAGUGGCGUAUCCCAUCGACCAGUCCAUGGAGGCCACCCUUUGCAUCACUAGUCACCACCUGAUUGUCUCCUCCAGAAGUGACACAACGCAAGAGUUAUGGCUGUUGCACUCAAUGGUGGACAUCGUUGAGCGCAAGCCUAACGUGAACUCCAGCGGCGGAACAGUUGUGCUGAAGUGCAAAGACUUUCGGAUCAUUGAGUUGGAGAUCAACGGAUGGAUGGAAUUCAAUAACGUCUGCAAUUCGAUGGAGUGGUUGUCCAACUUAGACGACCCCCGCCUCCUGUACCCCCACUUCUACCGAGCGAUGUAUGAUUUGGUCGAAAACGGAUGGAAUGCCUUCCGAAUUGAAACCGAGUUCUCCAAUCUUCUCAUGUUUUCGGACGACUGGCGGAUCAGUUAUGUCAACAAAGACUUCGCUGUGUGUCCCUCAUAUCCGGAAGCAGUGAUAGUUCCCAAACCUAUUGACGACGACUGUCUCGCAUCCAUCGCCUCCUUCCGAUGUUUGGGUCGGUUCCCAGUUCUCAGUUAUUUCCACAGAACUGCUAAAACGGUUUUGUUAAGAAGUGGUCAGCCGAUGGUCGGAACCAAUUCCAAGAGAUGCAAAGACGACGAGAAAUUAAUUAAUACAGUAUUAGGUUCUGGAAAGAGGGGUUAUAUCAUAGAAACGCGAACUCAAAACUUGGCACAACUCGCGCGC